AUGAAUUUCGAAUGGGUUGACCACUCCGUGCUUAUCACCGAUGCCCGUGACAAUAAAGUGGCCUUUACCCUCUACCAAUAUGGUUUUGCCUACCGUGAUGACGCGGAGGGCGGCACCCCGGAAAUGCUCGACGUCUUGCGCGAGAAUAACCUCGAUAAAGUCCGCCAGCUGCACUACCCACAUAUUGAAAAUCUUGUGAAAAAGGAGACGGGGGCAUCUCGCGUGGUGAUAUUUGACCAUACGUCUCGCAAGCGGCGUCCUGAGCUGGGAAAAUACGACAAUCCCUUAGGCAAGGAGCAGCCGGCGACUAUGUCUCUGGUGUCCUCUACGCGGCCCUAUGCAGGACUGGCCUCUCGCCACUAUGGACUAUCGAACCUGCCGGACCAAUCUGAUCUAUCCCACCGGUCUUUUGGAGACAAAGUUGAUGACUACCGUGGGCAGAUAGUAACUUUUGUCUACGCCGACGAACAAAAAUGGUACUAUUUGGACAAGCAGCGGACGGACGAGGUGACUAUGAUUAAGAUCUGGGAUAGUAAGGAGGAUGUGGAAGCCAAGUACCUAGUCCACCGUCUUAUCCGCGCCAACCCCGAAACACUAUCCCUAGCUCACUCUAGCACCGACAUAUGGGAGACAUUUACACGCCACCCGACUCGCAUCGCUAGCAUACUAGGAAUUGAAGGCCUGCACCAGAUUGCCAAUAGCGCUAGUAUCCUCCGUCUCUACUAUACCCUCGGCGUCCGCUACGCGACACUCACCCACGAAUGCCACAAUGCCUUUGCCGCCACGCCGCUCUUCCCCUAUCAUCACGGUCUAUCACCCGCAGGCGGGACCUUGAUCCACGAGAUGAAUCGAGCUGGCAUAAUCGUGGACCUAGCUCACGUCAUAUAUGAGACGAUGCUGGACGUGCUUAAUGUGACCAUCGCACCGGUCAUAUUCUCGCACUUAUCUGCAUUCGCUCUUUGUACGUAUGAGCGCAACGUCCCAGGUGACGUGCUCCGUCUAGUCCGAGAAAGCGAGAAUGUCGUCAUGGUUUCCUUUUAUCCUACUUACACCCGCUGCGAUGAUCCCCUCCAGGCUUCAAUCGAGGACGUCGCCGACCAUAUACAAUAUAUCGGUCAGUUGAUCGGAUACCGUCAUGUUGGGAUGGGGUCCGACUUCGAUGGCAUGCCUCCGGGCAUCCUGGGGCUGGAGGAUGUUAGUCGGUAUCCAGAUCUCAUUCGAGUCUUGUUGGAUCGGGGAGUGACUGUUGAUGACCUUGCUGGCGUGGUUGGGGGUAUUGUGUUGCGUGUUAUGCAGGUAGUCGAGGAAGUGCCUGCUUCGAUGGGAAUUGAGGAGCCCCUGGAGGAUAACGUGAAGCCUUGCUUCUCGUAA